AUGCAUAUGACGACAAAUCCGAAAAAGCACUCCAGGUCAGAUGACGAUGAGGAAGAUUCUCUACAUGAUUAUUCCGGAAAACGGGUGAAGUUAGAUUCACUUUUGAAGAAUUUGUCCCUCAAAGACCAAGAAAACGAAAAGAGAUAUAUAAUUAAUCCCAAAAUCACGUACGAAAAUAUUUUUAGUAAAUCUGGAUCACGCUAUUCCUCAUUUACAGAAUCACAAUUGGCAUCCAACCUAAAUGAAAAACUAACUAGGAGUUUCAAAAAUGUACUAGAAUCAGGGUUACGAUUGAUACCAUGGUAUAAUUCCAAGUUUCUUAUAAUGUAUCGAUAUCAAAAAUGGUUUAUCAAAUUGUUCAACCGGUUUAUCAAGAAAUAUAAUGAAAGAAACAGAGUAUCGAUCAGCACGUUUCACUCUUUCGCAGAUAUAGUGAAGUUAGUUAGGGAUAAGUUGAUCACUUUAGAAGAUCUAGCGAAUAUAAUAAACCAGGAAAAUCAACUUGAAAUGAAAAGAUUAGAGCUCAAACAAGAGAUGAGACGACUGGAAAAACGGUUUGAAGAGGUCACAGCAGAACAAGAUGCUUAUCAAGAUCUCAAAUACAACUAUUGGGAUAACUUAAAGUUUGACAAAGAUCUCGAUAUGUUGGAUGUAUCUGAUGAUGAGCCAGAUAAUUUGAAAUUUGAAGAGUUAGAUGAUGAUACAGUAAUGGUACAGGAUCUCUAA